AUAAGUUUGUCACACACGGAAAAACGAGCUCGCGGAGGAAAAAUUAUUGCUAGCGCCUGAUUAGGGCGUCGAUUGGUGCCAAAAGUAUUCGGAAAUUGUGCUUCCCGAUCCGUGACAUCCGGUAUCGUUCGAGUUCCGUCGAUUCGGUCGCGACAAGAGGCCUUUUAGCGCCAGGAAAAUGUGACCCGUGCCUGAAAAGUGCCAAUUCUCAAAGGGUAGUUUUUCCAAGGGGUGGAAUGCAAAAACUACCCCCCAUACCACCACCAUCACCACACUUCGAGUUUUCAUUCCUGCCUGAUGAUGAUGGGAAGGAUGUCACCAUACCACGGUGAGUGAGUAGACAACGAGGACGACCGAUUGUCUCUGUUUGGUUCCAUUCCAGCACUCUUCUGCUGUGUGCUCGUUCUGUGUAGCAAUAAAUAUCAUCCUGCCUGAAGGAGAGGUGGAGCGAAAGUGGGGUCGAUUGGUUGCAUACCCAUCGGGCGCUUUCUAACCUAAAAGAAAAAAAUGUGUGAGCGAUGUUACUAGCGAAUUAAUGUUUCCAACCCAGUAACCUAGAGAGGAAAAGAUAAAAGUGCUUCAGAUACGAGCCUUUAAAAAAAAAACGAAAGAAAACAGAAGAAAGGAGUUCAAGUGCGUGUUCAAGGAUUCGUUCGCAAAAUUUGCCCUAUUUAGCUUAUCCGUAAUCCAGUUUGUUCGUUCCUGUUCGGGUUCGCGUGUGUUGUGGAUUGAAAAUGUUUCCUAUCGUCAUCAAGGUUCAAUUGAACUUUUGCUGAAAACAUCCAGUAUCCAGUAAAUAAGCUGCAUUUGAGAAGGAAGCACGAUGUAAGCUGGAAGCGAGAAACUCCUACCGGAUUUAUCGAUACUAUACACUACAACGAGGACUAGUGGAAAGACACUAGCAAAAUACUACAACAGAAUUUACUCGCAAAAGAGCUACUAAAACGACAAAACUAGUCAAACAUGAUGAUGAUGGAACAGGAAAUCGGAAGCUGGGACUCGGUUUUGCUGGAAAACCUUUCCGAGGACAGUUUCAUUACCAAUCUUCAUCAGCGCUACAAACGGGAUUUGAUUUAUACUUACAUUGGCACAUUUCUGGUGGCUCUCAAUCCGUACAAACCGUUGGCAAUCUACACGCCGGAUCUGGUGCGGAAGUAUGCCAACAAGAGCCUUUUCCAGCUACCACCGCACAUCUUUGCACUGGCCAACUCGGCCCACCAGUUCUUGCUCAACUACAACGAGGACCAGUGCAUUGUGAUGUCCGGUGAAAGCGGGGCCGGAAAAACCGAAUCCGCCCGGAUGAUUGUCCACUUCCUGACGCAGCUGUCGGAGAUGCGCCGCAGCCGGACCCCCGUGUUUGCUUUGAAAGGAUCCAACCCGAGCUCCCGGCAAACGACACCGAAGCACUGUACCAUAACCCGAGUGGGAUCAUCGUUCGAGAGCGGUUCCGGUACAGGGGGGGCUGGUCGGCUGGACAGCAUCAUGAAGUACAACACCUCGAGGAAAUGUUCGCACGAAAAAACGGUCGAGUUCGAUCUGAUUGCACAUCACAAGAGUACCGAGAAUUUGGCAGCCAUGGCCAUGGGUAGUGGUCCCGGCAGUGGGAGCUUCUCGACCGGAAGCACACCGAAAUGUCUGAAACACUCGAACCAAUCGAUCAGCCGAUCAACGGAAGGAAGUGAUUUCCCCACCAAGUCCACUCUAAAGUCAGCCUUUGCUUCCCCCGCCAGUUGUCCCAGGCACAAUUGUACUAGCGCCGGAAGUAGCCACAUGGAUCUGCAUCGAAUGUGCGGUGGUGGUUCGUUCAAUUCUCCGUCCUUGCAGAAGCGAUGCAAUUUGGGUAGAUGCUGCCAUCAGAGCAGUACCCGAUCUAUCCACAAGUCUUCCUCGUCGAUUGCGCUGACCUAUGACCACAGCAAUAAUAUGUCGCCUUCGGUGCACCGGAGACAGAUCCUGAAGUCGAUCACCAAGGAGGUGUACCUGCGAGAUCUGGAACUGUACCGAAUGCGGGACCGGGUGGCACACGCUGAAGUGUUCCUGGAGGCCAUGGGCAAUGCUUCGACCAUCAAAAACAGCAAUUCGAGCAGAUUUGGAAAAUUUUUCGAUAUAGAAUUCGACUACAAGGGAGAUCCGGCCGGAGGACAUCUCACUUUGUAUAUGUUGGAAAAGUCACGUGUAACAUCGCGCAGUCCCGGAGAACGAAAUUUCCAUAUAUUUUACCAGCUACUGUCGGGCGCUGACAUUCAUUUGCUCAAAUCACUGAGAUUGCAGCGCAACAUCGAUAAGUACGACUUGCUCAAAUACAGUUUCACGAACGAGGACGAUCGCACCAAUUUUGGCUUUACGAAGCGAUCCCUGGAGGUGAUUGGAUUUAGCCAGGAGGAGAUAUUCUCCAUCUUCACCAUCCUGGCGGUCGUCCUGAAGCUGGGUAAUCUUGUGUUCAUAUCCACGACGAACAUCGACGGUUGUGAAGGUUGUGAAAUUUCCAACGAAUACGAGCUGGAAGAAAUCGCUCAACUGCUGCAGGUGGACAGCCACCUGUUGUUCUACUGCCUGACGCGCAUCGGCGAAAACUGGGACCACAUCGAAACGGACGGGUCCGAGAUCGAUGCCAUGUACGCGUCCAAAAUCAAAGCCACCCUGUGCCGGACGCUGUACGGGCGCCUUUUUGCGCUGAUAGCGGCCCGCAUCAACGAGCAGCUCAAGCUCAAACAGUACGGUAUGGUGGCCAGUAGUACGGUACGGGGUCGCACCAUCGGGCUGCUCGAUUUCUACGGCUUCGAGGUGCUGGAGAAGAACUCGUUCGAACAGCUCGCCAUCAACUACUGCAACGAACGAUUGCAACAGCAUUACGUAAAAAAUGUGCUCAAAUAUCAGCAAGACUUGUAUAUGGCCGAGGGUCUUGACUGGAUCAAGAUUGACUACUUUGACAAUCAGCCGAUCUGUGAACUCAUCGAUAAACCGUGCUAUGGAGUGCUACAUCUGCUGGAUGAGCCACAGGUUAUCAACGAUGGCAUCCUGCUAACUCGGCUACACCAAUGCUGCACCGGGCAUACCAAUUUCCUCUCCAGAGAUCCCAGUUUGCCUUCGAAUGCUUUUCAAAUUCGUCACUUUGAAGGACCAGUGCUGUACUCGAGCCUCGGUUUCACGGAGAAAAACCUCGACCUACUGCCGAAGCAUGUCAGUGCCUGUCUGUACCAGAACUGCGAGCUGCCUAUAGUGGCCAGCCUGUUUCCGGAGGGAAAUCCAAAGCGGCACAGUGUCGGCCGCAAGCCCACCAGUCUCAGCACAACGCUCCGAACCUCGCUGCAAACGCUGCUGAAGCAGGUCGAACAGCGCUACAACCACUACAUCUUCUGCAUCAAACCGAACGAGCUGAAGCAGCCCAAAAUGUUCGAACUGGGUUUGGUGCAGCAUCAAGUUCGUUACAUGUGCCUAAUGCCACUGAUAAACCUCUGGCGAAACGGUCAUUACUUCAAUAUGGUGCAUUCGCGCUUCGUUCAACGCUAUAAACUGCUGUGCCAGUACACGUGGCCCCACUUCAGCGGGAGCAUGAUCGAUGGGGUGGCCCUGAUUGUGCGAAGCGUUCCUUUACCGGCGGCAGAGUUCACCAUCGGUCGCAAGAAGGUAUUCAUCCGGAGUCCACGAACAGUGUACGAGCUGGACGAGUUCCGGAAGGUACGACUCAACGAGCUGGCCGUGUUGAUCCAGAAAACGUAUCGGUGCUACACCAAACGGAAACGCUUUGUGGCACUGCGACGCAGCCAACUUGUAAUCGCCGGGUUCUGGAGGACGUGGCGGGAGCGGGAAAAUAUCCGGAUAGCAGAGUUCAAAAAACAGGCUAGAUGGGCAGUGCAAGUGAUUGCUCGAUUUUUUGUGCUGAUAAAGACUCGGGAGUUCCUGCUGACGUUGCUGCUUCGACUGCCCCAUGACAACAUGAGUCCCAUCUGCCAUGAUUGGCCUCCGGCACCGUCCUUCCUGGCCGAAACUUCCCAGCUGCUGCGGAACAUUUUCCAUCGAUGGCGAUGCUACAAGUACCGGAAGUCGUUCGAUCAGCCGGCCCGGAAUCGGAUGCGCGAGAAGGUCACGGCCAGCAUCAUCUUCAAGGAUCGCAAAAUUUCCUACCCACGAACGGUGGCCCACCCUUUUCACGGUGACUACAUCCGGCUGCGGCAGAACGUCCAGUGGAAGCGAGUUAGCUGCGAGCACAACGAUCAGUACGUGGUGUUUGCCGACAUGAUCAACAAGAUCACACGAUCCAGUGGAAAGUUCAUUCCCAUCCUGCUGGUUGUGUCCACAAACUCGAUGCUUCUGUUGGAUCAAAAAACGAUGCAGAUCAAGUAUCGGAUACCGGCCUCGGAGAUCUACCGGAUGUCUCUGAGUCCGUACUUCGACGACAUCGCGGUCAUCCACAUAAGAGCUGAUAACUAUAGUUCCAACAUGUCGGACCGAUCGGAGUCACCAACGGGGUGUCUAUUUCAGUCGGAGAUCGGCAAAAAGAAGGGCGACUUUGUGUUUCAAUCCGCUCACUCGAUCGAGAUCGUCACCAAGCUGUUCCUGGUCAUCCAAAAUGCCACCGCCAAAUCACCGGAAAUCGUCAUAAGUACCGAAUUCGAGGCCAACUUCGCCCAGCAGACGGUAGUGUUUACGUUCAAAUGUGGCGGCAUGCUGGACAGUCCCUACAGCAGCCAAACGCGGGUCCAGCGCAAGGGCAACCGGAUGGAGGUGAUCGUGUAACAAAGGGCCUCACCGGAGCGUGUUGGCUGCGGGACAAUCACCACGUGUCAACCACCACCGAAAGCGGACGGCCAUCAUCAUCUGGCGGCCAUGGGGCUGUUCGACUACGACGACGAGGACGGAAUGGAGUUUGGCGUGCGCGGUUUGGAGUUCGAUUGAUGAUCGUAAGGACACUCCCUUCAUUGUUACUCACACAAAUAUGUAUAGGCUCAUUAGAAAAGCAAUAAGCAAUAUGGUCGCAAAGAACUCGCUGCCAUCACGUGGUCACCAUCAGUGGGAAUUUUGACCCAACAAACAACACAACCGCAAAAUAUGAUAGAACGUUGGGAAGGAGCAAAAGUUCCUACGGACGGGAACAUGGCAUAAUGUAGUAAGAAAAUGAAAUUGAAAAAAAAAACAAAAAUAGCGGACGAUUCGGGUGUAACUUUGUCUACAACUUACAGGUGAAUGACAUAAAUCAAUUAAGGCAAACUACUAGCAAUUAAAAGAGGGAAAGAAAAAAAAACUUUAGGAACAUUACACAAAUUGAACACAUACACUCACUCAAAUACACACACAGACACACACAAAGUCAUAGAAGAAUAAUUCUAAAAACGAGUACCAUAUUGACAACAAACAACAACAGAAAAAUAGCAAUUGUAGCAUUACCUACACUCAGAGGAAAUCUUAUUAUAAAUUUCAUAAGAUACAUCUUAUGAACCACUUUUUUGUGUCCAAACUAAUUUUUCAUAAGAGUCUUAUGAAAUUCUUUCAAUUUUCAUACGAUGUUCUUUUGAAAAAUAGAAGAAACGGCAUUGUGAAAAAAUGAUGAACACAUUCAUUCAUAGCCUCAGUUUUUUUUUCAUCAUACUAUAACAGUACGAAGCAAUCGCCAGUUCAUAGUUAUUAUAGUUUUCCUUCAAUGUUAAAUGUUAUUGUUAUCUCCGGAAUGGUAAGUUCUUCUUCUUCUUCUUCUUCUUCUUCUUCUUCUUAUAAUCGAGCCUUCCGUCGGAGGACUCUAAUUGUAGGGCUCAGUUGCGAGACUACAUUGCCCUGUGAUUUUGUCGAACAUAUUUUGUACGUUGUGUGCAUUUGAAUCAAAUGGUAAGUUCGAUUUGCUGUUUUUGGUGUGAACGUUGAAUGCUAUUAGUAAACUAAAAUACAUUAUUUGUUUACUUUUCAGCAAGCUGAUCGGCAAAAAACGAAUGGUCGAAGAUUAAGAUGCGGCAAAAAAAAACUUUGAUGGAGCCGUCUGUUGAUGCGCUGCAGAUGGUGACAAUGAAGGAUUUAAUUUUAAACGAAUUUGGCAAACAAUAAAGUGAAUGUUUUCAGCAUGAAAUAUCGAGAAUUUUUCUUAUUAGAAAGUGAUUUACUGUUUUCAUAAGAAUCUCUUAUGAAAAGCAACAAUCUCUCAUUGAAGUAGGCGUUCAUCUUCAGAAUUCAUUCGCGUCAUAAGACAAUCUUAUGAAUUUCAUUAAUUUUUCUUAUGGCGCCACUUCAUAAGAGAAUCUUAUGGCAUACAUAAUAGUAUUUUUCUGAGUGUAGUACCAAUGAUGGACAGAUGGAAAGGGCGAAUGCUAUCAAUUUAACCAACACUUUUUGCGAUUCAACGAAAACUUUUUUCUUACUAUUCUUACUCGGUUGGUUAAACGAUGUUUUUAAUAUUACUUCUAAAGAAAACAUUCUCGGCUACAUUUAUUAAAUAAAAAAAUUUUCUUCGAAUGCGAUCAUUCGUGGCAUGUACUAAAAUACUGAAUAUGUAGUCGACGAAUCGCCAAAGAAGCAGUAUCUGAAGAUUAACCGGUAAUGUCGGUAAGGACAUUUAAAGGUUUCUGUCCUUUUUAGGAAAAUUUGCGACAUCGAUGGACGCUUUCUCAACGUACCCAAAUAAGAUUUUUCAAAGCCAAUCGAUGGACAUGUUCAAUGUGUUGUUAAAAUGAUUUCCAGUUGUUAAAUUUCGGAAGAUCGAGAAUAAUCUGUUUUUUUUUUAUCUCAUUUAAGGAAUUUUUUUUUCAUAUACGAUGAUACGAUAAAUAUAAAUUGAUUUAUAAUUUUAUUAAAAAAAAAACAAAAAUAAAGCAAUUCUAAGUUAGCCAGUUGACUUUAAAAUUCAAAGAAGCAGAAUUACUAUUGAAAUUGGAUUUUAUGCAGAAAAACUGCUUAAAAAACGAAGGAUAAAUCUUACAUCAGAAAAGUUGAUGAAGUGACAGUUUUUAAGUGAAAUAAAAAAAAAACCAAGCAACCAUACUGUGUAUAGUUAUAAUCGGAUUGACUCUGGCCAAAUUGUAAACAAAAAAAGAGGCAAUGUUAAACUAUAACAACGGCAAAAAUAGAUAAAUAUUAGAGUAUUAGGUUUGAAAUCGACAGUUUAAAAAAUAAAUAGAAUGUAUGAAAAUAAUUGAAAAAAUCGUAAUACCUAUUCCAGAACAUCUGCAGCUUGGAAAAAUGUAAGUGUUUGUGUUUAAACUUAUCUGUCGGAACAAAUAUCAAAUUUUUCUUUUGUCAAACCCGCCCUUUCCCCUUCAAAAUUUUCGAAAAACACGAGUUUUAAGAAUUUCAUGGAGUAUUUGAUAAAUCAAUAGAAUUUUCAAACAAUUUCAAAGGUAAAAAAGCAAACUGUAGCAGCUGGAAUUGUUUUUUUGAGCGUUUUUCGUAUUCGUAUUUUAUUCAAGUGUUUGAUGUGAAAUAGCUCGAAUUUUUUAUUCUGUUCAAUUAAGAUUGAAUGCAGUUUUGUUGCAUUCAAAGUUUUGUUAAAUUUGUUCCAAUUGUUUUUUUUUUUUUUGCAUUAUAUUUUAUUAUCCCUUCCUCCACCCAUCGAGAUGUCUCAACUCCAAGUGACAAAUAAAGGAUUUCAAAAUUGUUGCCGCCUUAUUACCCACUUUUCAGGGAUUUACACAGGCAAGCACACACAGACGCUUACAUUUUCGCCCUCUGAAAAUAUACGAAGAAUCAAGCUGACAAACGAUGCGGGCCGCCUCCCAAUAAUCGCAGUUGUGAAAAACUGAUAAAAAAAUAACUCAAUGACGCUUAUUACUAUGACAGAUAUAACUAGAUUCCAUAUUAAACUAUAAACAAACAAAGGAGAGAAAAAUUGUCAUCCGAAAAAGGAAAAACCUUAAUCACGUCCCCCAGCGAUAAAUAUACGAUUUCGGGGCGAAGAAAAGUAAUGACAAAUUAAUACCCAAUAGAGAAAAAAGUUGAUAUUAAACAGCAGCAGUCGAAUAAAAUGGAACUACACAGCCAUACAAGUAUAAGUAAUAAAAAAUAAUCAAAUAUUUGACUCGAUGAGUUUGAUCUGUUAGUUUAUUCCUUUUUUUUCUAGCAAAUUUCAUCAAUCUGACAAAAGAAGAUGAUACAAAAAAAUCAUUGGAACUAAAAACGUGUCAAGUUUAGAUGUUGUACAAAGUUUUAAUCAAAAUCCGAAAUCUUUAAUACAUAUUUCGUCUUGUAACAGGCAAUGUACCAUCGCACCAUAAAUGAUGAAAAAAUGUGCCAAAUAGCUACCUAAUUGUGAAUUGUACGAUUGGUAUCGGUAUUUUUGCGUGCCAAAUUUUCUAUAAGAUGGUAUGGAUUUUUUUCCUAUUACUAACAUGUAUACAGGUAGAAGAAAGUUAAAUAAAGUAAACGGAAACUGGCUUUAGGUUGAACAAAAUCGAGAUCUUCACUUGGCGCCAAUCGAGCGAGAGAUGUUAUUUUUAAACGAUUUAAACUUUUUUCUAUAAGAUCAAACUUUUUUAAAAUUAACAAAACGAAUUCAAACUCAAUAAAACGAAAAUCAUCAAAAGAGACAAAAAAACUUAAUCUUUGACGCGAUUGUAUGAGAGUCAUAUUAGCCCAAAUAUAGUCCUUACUCUAUUAAAACAAGAAAACCCAGAUAAGUAGAACAAUUUAGAGCAUAACUAAAAAAAAAUCAUAAAAAAAAACCAACAAAUA